CUUUGACUGUAAACUUUCACAAGAAGCUUCUUCAGUUGGUCGUUGACCGUGGGACCGUUUGUACUAGUGUUUGUCUCUGCCCUUUAACGGAAACUCCUCCGGUAAUCAUGUCAAAUUAACUGGUUUAUUCGGUAUUUUGUAGAAGGGGAAGAUAGAAUACAUCCCGUUGUGAGACAUGGAGGCUGUGAGUAAGUGGACCCCGCAACAAGUGGUGGACUGGAUGAGAGGUCUGGACGACAGCCUGCAUCAGUACAUGCCGGCCUUCCAGCGGCAGCAGGUGGACGGGGAGAAGCUGCUGAGGAUGUCCAACCAGGAGCUGCUGUCUCUGGGCAUGAUGCGGGUCGGACACCAGGAGCUGGUGCUGGAGGCUGUGGAUCUGCUCUGCGCACUGAACUUCGGUGUGGAGAAGGACACCCUGAAGACGUUGGUGGGGAAGAUGAGAGCGGCGCACAGCAACCUGAACACUGCGGUGGCGGAGCGCAGGAAGAACCCUGCCUACCACAGCAAGAUCUCCCAUCAGCCCUCCAACGAGUUCCUGACGGCCGUGGUGGAGCUGAUCGGAGCCGCCAAGAGUCUGCUGUCCUGGCUCGACAGGACUCCUCUGACGAGCGCCAACGAUUUCACCUCCACCAAGAGCCGGAUCAUCCAGCUGUGCCUGGAGCUCACCUCCACCGUGCAGAAGUCUCGAGCUCUGAACGGCGUCUGUGAGAAGACGGCUCAGGCGACCUCCGACCCCUCCAAGAGCGACCUGUCCUGCCUGGAGGAGGUGCACAUCACCAACGUCAAGCCCGGGGAGGGACUGGGUAUCUACAUCAAGUCCACCUACGACGGGCUGCACGUCAUCACAGGAACCACAGAGAACUCUCCUGCAGAUAAGACUCAGAGGAUUCAUGCUGGAGAUGAAGUGGUGCAGGUCAACAGACAGACAGUGGUGGGCUGGCAGCUGAAGCCCCUGGUGGGGGCGCUGAGGGCGGAGUCAGGGGGCGUGGUGCUGCUGCUGAAGAAGAGGCCUUCAGGAACGUCCGGAGGUUUCGCCCCCGCUCCGCUGAAAAACCUGCGCUGGAGGCCGCCGCUCGUACAGACCUCUCAGGGAGCUCCAGGGCUUUACAGAUCUCGACAGCCUGAAGCCUCAGAGGCUCCUGGGAAGAGAGGGAAGACGGCCACCUUGGAUGUGUACGUCCCUCCACCCCCCGCAGCUCCAUACACGCCGCUGGAUGGGAACCUGAACGUGUCCUCGGGGGUGAAAAUGAGGCCGAAGUCUCCGAACUCGUGUCUGGACGCAGACGUGCGGCGCCGCUUCACUUUUGCCGAGGACAACCGGACGCCUGUCAGCCCCCCCCCACCUGAACACAACCAACCAAUCCAUGUAUCCCUCAGACAGAGAUCUUCUGCACGCUGUAAACCUCGACCGGUCUCCAUGCCGGUAGAGUCGUUCUCAGGUGACCCGUCCUGCCGGCCCGUGGGGAGGAAAGGUCACCAGGAGGUCCUGCACCGGUAUCUGAGUAACGAGGGGAUCAGCACCAUCACGGAGGAGGAGCCGUGCUUCCCGCUGCCGUACCGAGGACACCCGUCUGUCCGCGGCGUCGACCACAUCCGAGGCAGCCAGUGCUUCAUCAACGCCAACCUGCACAACUCCUCCACCAUCCCCUACCAGGAGGCGGCGUCCAAGAAGCCCUCCGCCCCCCCAUCUGCUGCUGCUUCCUCCCCUCCGCUGGCCAACACCAAGCCCACGUCGCUGCUGGGAGGCUGGCUCGCCCGCCUCCGGCUGCUCAGCCACAGUUGCAGAAGUGUGGUGUGUGUGUGUGUGUGUGUGUGUGUGGGUGAUUUUAGUGUGUUUCUGGUUAGAUGUAUACAUUCUCACACGCAGCUUCUUCUUCUGCUGAGCUGCAGAGACAACACACUGAUGGACGUCCAAUCUGCAGCUGCCAUGAGCCGGCGGCGGGUCUCGGUCCGGGACCUGGGGCUGUCGGACUGUCAGGGCUGGCUCCUCCGCAGGAAGGAUUCCCGCAGCUUCCUGGGAACCAGAUGGAAGAGAUACUGGUUCGUCAUGAAGAAGAGCUCGCUGUACUGGUACACCGACAAGAUGGCGGAGAAAGCUGAAGGAUUCAUCUACCUGCCCGGCUUCACCAUCCAAAAGGCCAAAGACUGCAAGAAGAAACAUGCCAUAACAGCCAGCCACCCUCUGGUUGUGACCAUCUUCAUCGCUGCAGAGAACUUCGCAGACAUGAACAAGUGGAUCAGUAAGCUGUCUGUAGCAGCCAAGCCGAGUGGGCUGAUCAACACUGGAGAGUGCUACAGUGAGGGCAGCGAUCAGGACGACGAGUGUUCGUCCACUUCCUGUCCUCUGACCUCGGUGCAGGAAGCAGCAGAAUCUGAAAGCGGAGAGGAUGUCCAGCCUCCCUCUCCGUCCCUCCCCUACAGCAAGGAGGGAGGAACUCUGAGCAGAAGAAGACAAGGAAAAAGAAGGGUGUGGGAGGGCCGAGGAGGAGGGUCCGUCCCUCUGCGGCUCGUUGCUGAAGAAAGAGGAGAAGAAGAAAGAGAAGAAGAAGAAGGAGAAGAAGGAGAAGGGGGAGAAGAAGAAGGAGGGGAAGAAGAAGGAGAAGAAGAAGGAGAAGGAGGAAGAGGAGAAGAAGAAGGAGGAGAAGAAGAAGGAGAAGGAGGAAGAGGAGAAGAAGGAGAAGAAGAAGGAGAAGGAGGAGAAGGAGGAAGAGAAGAAGGAGGAGAGGUCGUAAACGACCCUCCUCCGGACGACAUGGAGACUCUCUACAGGCGCCUGAAGGCAGCCCGCCUCUCCCCCGUUGGGCAGUGGUCUCAGAAAGACUUCAGGGCCUCGUUCAUCCGCCGCUGCUCCAACGACAAGAUCAACGAGGAGCUGCACCGGCUGCGGAUCCUCAGCAGCACGCUCAAGGCCAAACAGUUGGAGCUGCAGACCGUGGGUCAGAUUCUGACCGACCCGACUCUCGCGGCGCCGACGUACAGGAAGUGGAGGCUCUCUAACUUCCUGUUGCUGCAGGAGAUCGCUCAGCGCAGCCAGGCAGCAGGGGGCGCUGCAGAGCAGGAACCCGAGGGCGCUUUAACGACAUGAAGGGGCUUACACAUCGAAAUCACCAAUUUCACUGUAAUGUUGUUUACACCCUUUCCCUCAGGCACUGUACUUAAUAUAUAUGUGUUAAUCAAAGAUGUUUAUUACAGCUGUACAAAUAUCGUUAUCUCAUUAAUAUCUGAAAUAUAUUUUUUUAUGUCUUUGUUUUAUAUUUGAUUGUUUUUCUAUUUAGUAUUAUUAUCAUCAAACACCUUGGUUUUAUUUUCCUCAUUGAAGUUCUCGAGUGUUUACAUUCUCUUUCCACCACGUAAUACAGUUUGUGUAUUAUCAUUAUUAUUAUUUCUGGGAAAGAGUUACACCAGAAAACUGAAAAGAAUUACAUUAAAUUAAUACAAAUGAACAAAUGUUUCUGCAAUAGUUUCUGAAGAUGUUUUUCAUAAUUAUGUAAAGCUUUGGAUGAAAUAAAUAUUGUAAAGGUGUCACGAUGUUUACAAACCAAGAAAUGUAUUAAUAAUAGGGAUAAAAUCAGAAUAAUAAACCGUAUUGAAAUAAUAA